AGGCCGAGGGCCAGUCACCCGCGGGCCUGCGCCCCGCCCCUGGCCCGCCGCGGGACGGGUAACGGUUACGAAGCACUUUCUCGGGCGAGGUUUCUGCUUAGUCAUUGUCUUCCAGGAAACAAGCUCCCUCGUCUCGGCGGCGGCGGCUCGAGUGGUGACCGCAGAAGCCGCAGCGACCGUCCGCGCCGGCGCCUCCUUCCCUUCCUUCCCUCCCUCCCGGACCGCCUCUCCGGCGCCACCCGGCCUCCUCGGGCCCGAGCGCACACCGGGCUGUGACCGCGCGGAGUCCGCAGCCUCGCGCUCGCCUCUGGGGCCUGGGGCACCGCCGUACCCUUGCGAGGCAGCCGUCUGCCCGCCCGCCCGCUCGCCCGUCCUCUCUCCGCGGCUCCGGCGCUACCCGGUCCCCUCCGGCGGCAGCUGCCAUGGGCACCGACAGCCGCGCGGCCGGGGCGCUCCUGGCGCGGGCCAGCACCCUGCACCUGCAGACCGGGAACCUGCUCAACUGGGGCCGCCUGCGGAAAAAGUGCCCGUCCACGCACAGCGAGGAGCUUCGAGACUGUAUCCAAAAGACCUUGAAUGAAUGGAGUUCCCAAAUCAGCCCUGAUUUGGUCAGGGAGUUUCCAGAUGUUUUGGAAUGCACUAUGUCCCAUGCAGUGGAGAAGAUAAAUCCCGAUGAAAGAGAAGAAAUGAAAGUUUCAGCAAAACUGUUCAUUGUAGGAUCGAAUUCUUCAUCAUCAACUAGAAGUGCAGUUGACAUGGCAUGCUCCGUCCUUGGAGUUGCACAGCUGGACUCUGUGAUCAUGGCUUCGCCUCCGAUUGAAGAUGGAGUUAAUCUUUCCUUGGAGCAUUUACAGCCUUACUGGGAGGAAUUAGAGAACUUAGUUCAGAGCAAGAAAAUUGUUGCUAUAGGCACCUCUGAUCUAGACAAGACACAGUUGGAGCAGCUGUAUCAGUGGGCACAGGUAAAACCCAAUAGUAAUCAAGUUAAUCUUGCCUCCUGCUGUGUGAUGCCACCAGAUUUGACUGCAUUUGCUAAACAAUUUGAUAUACAGCUACUGACUCAUAAUGACCCAAAAGAACUACUCUCUGCGGCAAGUUUCCAGGAAGCUCUUCAAGAAAGCAUCCCUGACAUUGAAGCCCAGGAGUGGGUGCCACUGUGGCUGCUGAGGUACUCUGUCAUUGUGAAGAGCAGGGGAAUCAUCAAGUCCAAAGGCUACAUUCUGCAAGCCAAAAGGAGGGGCUCUUAACUACAACUCUCACAGCUCACUGACCUGGUAUUGUCUGGAACAUAAGAUAAAAAUUCAUGAUAAAAUUGAGAUGUGUUAAAAAAAAAAAAAAAAAUGUAGCUCCAGCUUACAAGAAGCGUCCCGAGGUGCGAGUGCAGUUGUUUGGCAAUGUGUUGAGUUUUGAGUACCUCCCUUGCCUGCAGCAGCACACUCACAGGAACCACUGUAUUCUUUUCAUUAAACUGUUGUUUUCUAACUGAAAUCGUCUAUAAAGAAAAAUACUUGCAAUAUAUUUCCUUUAUUUUUAUGAGUAAUAGAAAUCAAGAAAAUUUGUUUUAAGAUAUAUUUUGGCUUAGGCAUCAGGGUGAUGUAUAUACAUAUUUUUUAUUUCCAAAAUUCAUUAAUUGCUUCCUACUCUAUACUUCUAUAACUAAGCAAUUACAUUACAGUUGUUAAAACUUACUAGAUUUUUUUCCCUGUCAUUGGCAAAAUAAUCUAUCUCAGUAACUAUAGCAGUCUACUAGUAAUGUAAAUAAAAUUCAUUCUUUGAUCCAC